AUGGGGCGGAUGGAAACAAGGGGGGAAGUCUCUUAGAGACAAAGCCACACCCAUGUCUCAUUCAUGCACUAUUUGGAAGAGUGAUUGGAGUGAGGAUAACUCUUCCUUUCAUUUUAGCCAUACACACAAACCAAAGGCCAAGAAAGAGCUCUGAAAUAUCUCUCACCAACAACUAGCUUGGAAGAAGCAAAGAGCAAGGAAAUCCCAAGGGAAAUGUAGCUAGAAGGAAGGAGUUGAAAUCACCGGAAACCGCCACUUAAAGGAAGCUGUUCGUAGCUGCAGACCACGAAAGCCGCCGACCUUUUGCAAAAGCCGGCCGGCUUUCGUCUGAUGUCCAGAUUUUUCACUUCUAAUCGGUUUAGAACGGGGAUUGAUCGAAGGGCUUAACAAAGGCAACUAUUUCAGCACUUCGUAAGUGUCAGAUAGAACUUGAAGGUUGCUACCAUUGCCCGUUGCUCGGGAAGAUCCAAGGAGAGGAGACGUGGAUUUCUCAUUAAUUCAGACCAAUAAAAAAUGAGGAGGAAUCCCCUGAAAAAUUCUAAAAGUUCUGUGAAUGAGGCAGGGACUUCUAGUCGAUAUGAUGAUUCAGCCAUUUCUUCUAUUGCGAGAAGCAUUUCUAUGAGAUCAGGGGUGAGCAAGAAAAAAAUGAUAGCUGAAGACAUUCUUCGGUUUGGAGAGAUGAAAGUUGCAGCAGAACUAUUCACAUUUCACGAACUGGCCAAAGCAACAGACAACUUCAACCCGGAGUUGCUGGUGGGAGAAGGAGGGUUUGGGAGGGUAUACAAAGGACAUAUAAGAAGAACUAAUCAAAUUGUCGCAGUAAAGCAGCUGGACAGGAAUGGAAUUCAUGGAAAUAGGGAAUUCCUAGCUGAGCUCUUGACUUUAAGUCUUGUUCACCACCCAAAUCUUGUGAACCUAAUUGGGUAUUGUGCUGAUGGGAAUCAAAGACUUUUAGUGUACGAGUUUAUGCACAACGGCUCUUUGCAAGAUCAUCUUUUCGAUUUGUCUCCAAAUAAGAACCCUCUCGAUUGGUAUACGAGGAUGCAAAUAGCCAAAGGUGCGGCCCAAGGGCUAGAAUACCUUCAUGACACAGUUAAUCCUCCAAUUAUCUAUCGCGACUUCAAAACAUCAAAUGUGUUAUUGGACAAGUCUUUCAAUUCAAAGCUAUCAGGUUUUGGUCUCGCGAAACUAAGUCCAAACGAAGAACAAGAUCACGUGUUCACAAGGAUAAUGGGGACCUAUGGGUAUUGUGCGCCAGAGUACGCUAAUGUUGGGGGACGACUUACAACCAAAUCUGAUGUUUACAGCUUUGGGGUUGUCUUACUAGAGAUUAUUUCGGGAAGGAGAGUUAUUGAUAAUACUAGACAAAAUGAGGAACAGAACCUUGUUUCUUGGGCAAAACCACUUUUGAAUGACAGAGAGAAAUUCAAAAUGUUGGCAGACCCUAUGCUUGUAGGGAAUUACCCAACAAAAGGCAUGUACCAAGCUCUUGCAAUUGCAUCGAUGUGUCUUCAAGAUGAAGCUAAUACACGACCUUUGAUUGCGGACGUUGUCAGUGCGCUUGAGUACUUAGCAACGCCUGACGAGGAAUGGAAUAGAACGACAGAAGUAGAUGAAGCAGAUUGCAUACUCAUUCAGAAAGGCAAAAACACUUACACAACUAUGUAAUACGAAAAGGGAUUGUUGGUAACUUUUGUGUGAAAGAUUAACUAACAAACUAACUGAUGAACUUCAAGACAGUCCUAACACAAAAUCCUAUGAUGUGAAAAUUCAAGUAGAAAGCACAUGGAGUGACUAUAAUGAUAAUAUAUGCGUGUGAAUUUACAUUUUUCUUGCCUAGAGGUACUUCUUCAGUUUGUUAUACUAAAUAUAAGAAUAUA